AUGGUCUACAACGCACUCACAAAACAUCCCAAAGGACUCCGCCUCCUGGCCCUAGACGGCGGCGGUGUUCGCGGAAUAAUGGGUCUCGUCGUCCUCCGCGAACUAAUGUCCCGCGUCCAAAAGCGCAAAAACCUCCCAGAAAUGCCUCGCCCAGCUGAUUAUUUCGAGCUUGCAGGCGGUACAAGCACAGGCGGUAUCAUGGGUAUCAUGCUCUUCCGUCUUCGCAUGAGCGUCGACGAUACCAUCAAAGAAUAUGAUCGCAUUGCCAAGACUAUCUUUAGUCCCAAGAUCUACGGCCGGGAUAUCAGCUGGAUCCCUGGUGCGUCGUAUCUUAAUAAUAGCAAGGCCCUUUUUCAGGAUAGUCGAUUUGAUGCGGGGAGUAUGAGCAAGGCUAUUGAUGAGGUUGUUGAGAAAUUUGGUCUUGAUGAGCAGGAUAAGAAGUUGAAGGGGAAUGCACCUCUCCAGCAUGACGCCGGUGCACGAAUGUUCUGCUGCACCACUGCUCAAAACAGAGCCGAGUCCUUGUUGAUGCGCUCCUACAAGGACAGCACCGUUUACACCUCAUCAAAGGCUAACAACGCCAUCCUCAAUCACGGGGACAAACUCACAAUCAGCAUUGCCGCCCGCGCAACAUCCGCCGCACCCACAUUCUUCCCCGAGGUCAAAUUCCCCGAAGAAAAGCCCGAAUUAGUCUUUUGGGACGGCGGUCUUCUCAACAAUAACCCCAUCGACCAACUCUGGUACACGCGCUUCGAGCUAGUCAAGCCCUCCGACCCCGCGCCUCCUAUCUCAUGCGUGAUCAGUUUGGGUACAGGCUAUGUCAGUCCUGGCAAGGCGGCCAAGUCAUGGAUCAAGGUCGUUGGUGUCGCGUCAAAGGUUAUGGACUUUGCGACCAACACUAAUGCCAAAGGUAAGGACUUUUCAAGACACAUGACGCAUCUGAAUGAGAGGGAUGAACAUAAGGAUACCAAGUAUAUUCGGUUUAAUCCUUUCCUGAGGGAGGAGAUUGGAUUGGAUGAGUAUGGGAGGAUGGAGGAUUUGAAGAAGCUUGCGCAGGAAACAAUGGACAGUAAGACCGGGCAAAAUCAGCAUUACAUCGACCAAGCUGUUGAUGCAAUCUGCGCUUAG